UCACCUGCAAACCAACCCAGAACCUCAAUCCACCAACAUCAUGGUCAGCUCUUGCUGUGGCUCCACCUGCAGUGGCCAAGGCUGUGGCUCUGGCUGUUGUGGCUCCCGCUGCUGCUGCCAGCCUUGUUGCCGCCCCUGCUGCUGUAUUUCUAGCUGCUGCCAGCCCUGCUGCUGCCGCCCCAGCUGCUGUACUUCUAGCUGCUGCCAGCCCUGCUGUUGCCGUCCCUGCUGCUGCCGGCCAUGCUGCUGCCGCCCCAGCUGCUGUACUUCUAGCUGCUGCCAGCCCUGCUGUUGCCGUCCCUGCUGCUGCCGCCCUUGCUGCUGCCGUCCCUGCUGCUGCCGCCCCACCUGCUGCCGCCCCUGCUGCUGCAUUUCUAGCUGCUGCCAGCCAUGCUGCUGCCGCCCCAGCUGCUGUACUUCUAGCUGCUGCCAACCCUGUUGCCGCCCCUGCUGCUGCCAGCCCUGUUGCCGCCCCAGCUGCUGUACUUCUAGCUGCUGCCGCCCCUGCUGCUGCAUUUCCAGCUGCUGCCAGCCAUGCUGCUGCCGGCCCAGCUGCUGUACUUCUAGCUGCUGCCAACCCUGUUGCCGCCCCUGCUGCUGCCAGCCCUGUUGCCGCCCCAGCUGCUGUACUUCUAGCUGCUGCCAACCCUGCUGCCGGCCCUGCUGCUGCCGUCCCUGCUGCUACACAACUUGUUGUAGAACCAACUGCUGCCGCCCAGCCUGCUGUGGCUCUUGCUGCUGAGCUCUACUGAACUCUCACAUCUGUUUGCAAAUGCCCACCAUCUACAUGCUAUCUCAGUCAGGCAGAACAUCUUUUCUUCCUCUGCUGAAGUAGAGGAAGACAUUGUUAAACAGCAAACAGUAAUGAGUUUGUCCACAUAAGAUCCAUUUUGAAGUGAUCACCAGCAGCUCAACAUCCAACUAUCAUUUUUUGUUGCCUUCAUACUCUUAUGAGAACACCAAGUUUUUAUUUAAUUGGAAUCCAUCGAAUAAAACUAUGCAUGAGAUUUCCAUACACCCUCUUUGUCUUUCUUCUUGACUUUCCAUCACCAGAUUUUGCUCUUUAAGAACAACAAGGUCAACCAUGGGUUUAGUUCACAUUGAGAAUUAAUAAUAAAGGUGCAAUGAUGAUUCUUUCUCAAUUUUCCAUCACAUGGAUUUCUCUUUGUCUUAGUGUUCCUUUAAUUUCAAAUAAAACUUUCUGGCAAUUAAAUAAAUUCACUGCCUUGAUGAA